GCCUUCGCUUGGUGUUAAUGCAUGGACGCCUCCCUCCUUGCCGCACUGCGGCUGCUGGGUGAAACCACAGGCGUGUGCAGCUCAAAUUGCCAGGUGUGCGCGCAGCUGGCUUUGGAGGGGGACGUGGGCGAUACCUCCUUGUGGUCGCAGGGCGCAGCGCUGUAUUUCGACUUUGAUGACCUCGACGAUCAGGAGGUGCAAACGCCUCAGGCAGACCUGGGCCCAGCCUGUGGAAUACCUGGAAGCUCCAGGCCAAAGUUUGCCGAGGGCUUGGUCGUGCUGCGCAUUGUUUCGGCUCUCACCGGGGAGGAGCUGUGCACUUUACGCACGGCGCGGAGCACCCGGGUGCGCCACGUCAAGGAGCAGAUCGAGCAAACGGAGGGGACCAACGCGAACACGCAGAAAUUGCUACUUCCAGAUGGCAAGGUGGCGCGGGAUGACGACAUGCUGGCAGAGAUGUUGCCGGAUGCGCGGCCUCAACUCAUGCUGGUGCGAUCUCAGCCAGUCUGGGCAGGACUUCUGGAGCGGGUGGCGGCCGGGGAAGUUCAACUGCAAGAUCUGGACGAAGGCGCCCGCAGCGACCGUGGCCUGGUGCUGGCGGCGGUGCGCGCGUCGCAGGGCCGGGCGCUGGAGCACGCCUGCUGGGCCCUUCGUAGCGACAAGGACUUGGUCCUCGAGGCGGUGAAGCGCAACGGCCUGGCGCUGCGCCACGCGGCCUUGGCGCUGCGCGGCGAGCGAGACUUGGUGCUGUUGGCCAUCCGAGACUGCCCACUGGCACUGGAGCAUGCCAGCGACCUCCUCCGUAAGGACCGGGACUUCAUCGAAAAGGCGCUGCGGAUCUCGCCCAAGGCGGCUGCGGGCAUCAGCGAGGAGCUUCUCAGAGAUUUGAGCUUCGCCUUGGGCCUCGUGGGCUCCGUCCCUAGCGCCUUCCAACAUCUGCAGGUCCUGCGCCGGGACCGAGCCUUCCUGCUGCAAGCGGUGAAGCGCAACGGCGAGGUCUUGCGCUACGCCGCGGGCUGGCACGGCGACCCCGAGGUGGCGCUUACAGCGAUCCAAAAGGCGGCCAACGCGGUGCACUUUGUUGACGCCAACCUGCGGCAGCAGCCGCAGUUCGCGCAUGCGGCGGUGACUGUGAACCCAUGGGCCUUUGAGCAGUUGGGCUGGCACCACCGGGGCGAUCUGCAACUGGCUCUUUUGGCCGCCCGCCUUCAGCCGGCGCUGAUGACCUUUGCAGGCGAAAGGAUCCGAGAGAAGGUAAUGUACAUCAUCAAGAAGGAGCUGUCCGAGCAGGUGGAUGCGGCACCCAAGGGCUACGUGGAGGGCCCCGUGUGGUGGCUGCCGGAGACCUUCCGAAGAGAAAAAGGGGCAAAGCCGCGUGGUUGA